UCUCUCCCCCUCAAAUCACUACAAACUCAAAUCAAGCAACCAUGGACGUCGGUACAUAGAUAUUGCUACGCCAGCAAUUUAGUACCCAUGUCUCCCCAUCGCCAUCAUGUCACGUAAAGCGGUAGGCCUCGCCGCAUUCGACCGCUCCCGCCUCACCUCGGCGCAGUUCGCCUCGCACGGCUCCAACCUACGCACCACGCACGCCAGCUCCCUCUCAACCCAACUCUCCGUCUUCCGCUCCCUCCUCCAGCAAUUCGCACAAACGCACGCCAAGGACAUCCGGUCGAACCCUACCUUCCGCGCCGAGUUCGGGCGCAUGUGCGCGGCGAUCGGUGUUGAUCCGUUAGCCAGCAGUUCGGGGGGAGGGAAGGAGGGGGGGAGUCUCUGGAGUCAGCUUUUGGGGGGCAGUGUGAAUGAUUUUUAUUUCGAAUUGGCGGUUAGGGUGGUGGAGGUUUGUGGGCUUACGAGGGAGGAGAAUGGGGGGAUGAUACCGGUGAAGGAGUGUCGGCAGAGGAUUAUGAAGGGGGGGAUGGAGGGGGCACCUGAGAUCACAGAUGACGACAUCCUCCGCGCAGUCCUCUCCCUCUCCCCCCUCGGCUCCUCCUACUCAACCCCCAAAAUCGGGUCGAAGCAAUACAUCCGCUCCGUCCCCAAAGAGCUCAACACCGACCAGAGCGACGUCCUCAAGACGGCCCAGAUAAUGGGAUACGUGACCCUGUCCACGCUAGUGCUAAAUCUGAAGUGGUCGAAGGCCAGGGCAAAGACCGCGAUUGAUGAUUUGGUGGCGGAGAGUAUGCUGUGGGUUGAUACGCAGUGUGGGGAGUGGGAGUAUUGGUCGCCUGGCUUUGUGCUGGAGGGGGUGGAGUGA